CGGUCUUUCAUCAGCUGAGAGGACAGGGAACCUCGAUCGAUCUUCAGAAUUCAACUUGGAUUUCAUCAUGUUUAAAUCAUUAAAAUCGUUAUCAAUUUCAAUCAAAGUGAGACAAUGGACAACUGUUUAAGAUACGUUUUUAAGUUUCCUGCCAGGGUGUUUUGACCAGCGCCAAAAUAUGGCUUUUUACGACGGAGCCGUGCUGAAACUCGUCCACCUUCUGAUUUCGUGCUAUUCCUUCGUGUGGACGUGGUUUUCGUGGACAUUCAAGACCGUGUUGUCGAAAGGUUCCAAAGAGUCUUUAAGUCAAUGUAGAAAAGACGGCAGGGACCUGCAGAAGUUACCCUGCCACCUUGCCUUGCUUGUACAGGAGGAGGUGAUUUCUUACCAAGAUGUGUGCAGUAUGUUGGUGUGGAGCAUGUCGCUUGGAAUUUCGUACUUGAGUGUGUUUGAUUUGAAAGGAACGUUAAAGAAGAAUGCAGUACUUCUAAAAGGACAUAUUGAUAAGCUACAAGAAGACCUUAUGGGUCGGGAUCAAUACAAGUUUACUUAUCAGCUUCACCAGAGUCACAGUAAAAAGCACAGCAGUAAUGAAGGUGCACAGGUACACAUUGCACUUUUAUCACCUUCAGACGGUAGGCUUGACCUAGUCCAGACAGCAAGUGAUUACUGUCAUGCUGUAUCUAAUCGCAUGCUGAAACCAACAGACAUAAGCACAGACUUAGUUAACUCUAUGUUACAAGCUAUAAAAGGUUUUCCAGAUCCCGACCUCUUGAUCAAGUUUGGGCCAACAGAAAGCCUCUGCGGAUAUCUUCCAUGGCAAAUACGUCUCACAGAGAUUUUAAACGUGCAGACGCAUUGGAGAAUAGAUUAUGAAGAGUUCCUAAAUGUCCUGCACAGUUACGCUAAAACAGAACAGAGAUUAGGGAAGUAAAAUGAAAUAACCCACUCAACGAAAUCAUAACAUUCGUUUUUACGUUGCGGUGCAUUUUUGGUCGUUUUUGGAUUUGAAUUAACCCUUGCAGAAAAAUCACAAGUAAAGAGCCACACUCCUUCUCGAACUCUUUGAAUCAAUUCAAGGUACUUAAAUAACACACAGCUUUUUAUUCUAUCUGAAAGUAAGUUUCGUAUUGCUGCAACUGGCUUUGAUUUCGAAAGAAUCAUCUUAAAGGCGCUGGACACGUUUGGUAAUUGUCAAAAAAAAGUAUUCUCACUUGGUGUAUCCCAACAUAUGCAUGAAAUAACAAAUCUGUGAACAUUUGGACUCAAUUGGUCAUCGAAGUUGUAACAGAAUUAUGAAAGAAUAACACCCUUGUAACCACUACUAAUGCUGUACAUUAUCUUGAUUCAAAGUGAGUUGAAAGGAACACGUUGCCUUGGAUCGGACGAGUUGGUCUUUGAAAAG